GAAGUGAGACGUUUAUUGACAAUAUGGCCGCCGAACUCGGUUUGGAUAUGCAGAAAUGUUUUAAUUGACAGCGCUCGCCGCGGCUGCGACAAUACCCCGUUUUCAGCUCUGGAGCGUACUCGACAGUUGCAUUUGAAUGAAGGGAAUCGCGACUCCACGGGAUGGUGUCAGUGAGCUGAGGAAACGUCCAGAGUGUGAAACCCGUCAUGUCGUUUUUCAAGAGGAAAGCCAAAAGCAAAGAACCUGAGAAAGGGACAGACACUAAAGUCAAUAGAGCUCCAACCAGCCCUCACUCUCCAGGACUGAGGAACCACCAUGCAAUCCAGGAAGCUGCUGGGCCCAGCCAUGUGGCCAUCAGUGCCAUCUCGGCCAACAUGGACUCCUUUGCCCGUGGUCGCACUGCCAUCCUCAAGAAGCAGCCGAGCCACAUGGAAGCAGCGCACUUUGGAGAUCUUGGUCAUUCUAGUGUGAACUAUCAGCCCCAGGAGACACGCUCUCGACUGUCUAAGACAGUGGAUCAGGCCCUUCAGGACAAUGUUGCGAUACCCCACUUCAUGCAUUUCAUGGAACUGCGGGGUGCGGACCAUCUGGUUCGGUUCUGGCUGGAGGCAGAGCGUUUCCGCUCUACCAGCUGGUCACGUGUUAGAGCACACAGUCUAAACUCUGUCAAACACAGCUCCUUGGCCGAACCGGUCCCGGCCUCUCCAGACGGCUCAGAGCUCGCUCAGGAUGCUCCCAAUGCCGUUGCGUGGCACAGUAACAGCGAAGGUGCCGCAGUUCAGUCUCAGCAGCGGGACUCAUCCACCACGGAAGCAGAAGCGAGACCCAGUACACCUCGAACGGCAACCCCCAGCAGGCAGGCACCCUCCAGGACGGGGACCCCCCUCAAGGUGCAGUCAAACAGCACCCUGCGAGUCCUCUCUGACAAACUCAUGAAAAGUAUAGAGAAAGAUGCUGUUACUAUCUUCACCAAGUACAUCUCUCCAGAUGCUGUGAGGCCCAUCCCCAUCACAGAACAGAUCAGAAAUGACAUAGUUGCUAAGAUUUGCGGUGAAGAUGGCAUGGUGGACCCAAACUGCUUUGUCAUCGCACAGAUGGUAGUCUUGACUAUCUUGGAGCAGCAGCACUUUAGUGAAUUCCUGCGGAGCCAUCAUUUCUGUAAAUACCAGAUUGAAGUGUUGACUAGUGGCUCUGUGUUCUUGGCUGACAUCUUGUUCUGUGAGUCAGCUCUCUUCUACUUCUCUGAGUACAUGGAAAAGGAAGAAGCAAUGAAUGUACUGCAGUUCUGGUUGGCAGCAGACAACUUCCAGAACCAGCUAGCAGCUAAAAAGGGCCAAUAUGACGGCCAGGAGGCUCAAAAUGAUGCCAUGAUCCUCUACGACAAGUAUUUCUCACUCCAGGCCACCAACCCUCUGGGCUUCGGCGACACUGUGCGGAUGGAGAUAGAGUCAAAUAUCUGCAGAGAGGGAGGGCCUCUCCCCGACUGUUUCACCACUCCACUCAGACAGGCCUGGACAACUAUGGAGAAGGUCUACAUGCCGGGUUUCCUGUCCAGCAACCUUUACUACAAAUACCUGAGUGACCUCAUCAAUUCAGUACGGGCAGAUGAGUUUGUGAAUGUCAGCACUCCAGGUCAGAGCGGAUCGGCGGACAACGACCGCUCGAGUUCAAAUGCCAGCGAGGCCUCUCAGACUCAGCACGGUGCCAGAAAGGCAGCAAUCAAAAUCCUCAAAAACUUUGACGAGGCGAUCACCGUGGACGUUGCCAACCUGGACCCUGAGGCCUUGUACCAGCGGCCGUAUGCUGGAAAGAUGACGUUUGGGAAAGUGAAUGAGCUGGGCCAAUUUAUCAGGGAGGCAGAGCCAGAGCCAGAUGUGAAGAAAUCCAAAGGUUCCAUGUUCUCUCAAGCCAUGAAGAAAUGGGUCCAAGGCACCUCAGAUGAGGCCCAAGAGGAGAUGGCGUGGCAGAUUGCCAAGAUGAUUGUCAACGACGUUGUCCACCAGUCUAACCACGACAGCCCCGGCAAAGCCACCAAGUUAUGACCCCACUGAGGAACCAAAGGACUGUCACUCCCUGCAGAUUCUGGCCAAGCCAGUGAUAAACUGUACACAGAGUUCACACUGCAAUGAACUGCAUUACUCUGAGAAAGAACAAGGCGUUUUAUCACCUCCCCAACCACCGUGUGUGUGUGUGUGUGUGUGUGUGUGUGUGUGUGUGUGUGUGUGUGUGUGUGUGUGUGGAGCUGAGAGCUUGGAUGAGUGACUGUUUACGCUUGAGCUAAUAGAAAACUUGAAGUACAUCAUUGUUCCACUCUUCCAACUCCAUAACACUAUAAAGAUACACGUGUUGUCACCAAAAAUAAAGCGAAGUGCUUGCAUCAGACUGGAGGAAGCCCC